CCUAUCGCAAAAAAUGACAGCACGAGAAAUUGGGAAGUUGCUGCUUCUGGAUGGAAACCCAAGCUAGUGUUUACAAAAGAUUUUUCAUCUGAGUGUGUUAACGAAAACAAAAUAAAUCAAUAUAAAUUUUCAAUUUAUUAGUUUUCAACUGGCCAAGGAACAUAUUUAUGCGAUACCGUAUAGUUCCAAUAGUCCCAUCGGUAUGAAUAACAGUGUGUGUGACGUACCUAAUAACAAUCCUGCUACAUACUGCCGGUUGUGCUUUUCGCAGACUAAGGUAGUACCAAUUUUCCCGCUAGGAAGCAACCACAAUCAAAAGUUGAUCAAUCAGGUGUAUCAAUGGACCGGCGUGCAGAUUAACUAUCAAGAAGAUUUCACUUGCGCAAUCUGUUGGAGAUGUACACUAGCCUUGGAGGAAUUUCAGCGCUUUUGUGAUCGUUGCAGGAAAAACGAUUGGAUUAUCAAACAAAAGCGUUCAGAUUCUGUUCGAUUGAUACAGAAAACUGAACAGCAGGAUAAUACACACCAGAUGGACGACAGACGUUUCGGCUAUAUGUAUCCGCUAAUGCAGCCUGCCUUAGGAUACGAAUUUCGACUUGCUAACGAUCCACGUGAAAGGGUACCACCAGACCACUCAAGAUCACAAGGUCGCACAAAUCAUGAUGCACAGCCUUCCAGCAGCAAUGUGACUAAAACAGAGUCCAGAAUAGAUAUUGAUACUGAGUUCAAACACGUACUUCCAGUCGAGAGACUUCCGGAAGAGCUUGUCAACAUGCUAGACCUGCCAGCCACUUCUUCGAAACGACCUGCGCAGAAUGACGGCAGCGGAGGAGCCGUCAAACAACGAAGUAGUCAGUAUCAGAAGAUCGUGGAGUCGGGCGGUGUAAAAUGUCCGAUAUGUAAAAAGCCGUACACUACGGAUAAAAAUUUAAAGAAACACCUUCGUCUGCAUACCCUCUCGCUGCCAUUUACAUGCGCUGAUUGUGGUGCAAAAUUCUCCGAGCGCAGAGACUACCAGAAACACCACGAGCGGUACCACGGACCGAACGCAACCGCCUCUGUAUCGGAAAUUUUUCAUUGUGAGUUUUGUUCGCGCGUAUUCACCCGACAGCGCGAUUUGACGAAGCAUUUGCGCCUGUUUCACGAUCCCCCCGAGAACCCCAAGUGGGAAGAUACGACAGUUGAUCAGAAAAAUGUCUAGGAAGUCGCUGAUGAAGAUUCUGAAGAACAUUGAGUGCAAAAAUUAUGUAUGUAGGCGAAAAAUCCGUACAAUUAAUUGUGUAAUAAUAAAUCAACAUUUUCGAAUGAUCCAAGUUG